AUGGGUAACGGCGGCAUGGGAGAGGAGGCGUCCACACAGGUGCAGGUCCGUUUUACUACGAAGCUCCCGCCGCCUCUGAAAGUCGCGGCUAGGUCUGUUGCCGUGCCGUCCAACCUGACCAGGAUGGGCCUCUCGGAGAUCGUCAACCAUAUCCUCAGCGUGGGUAAGUGUUAUGUUCGCGCUUUACAAUAUCGUGCUCUCCCCUUUUUGCGUGGCUGUGGCCGUUGAAUUUUUUCCGAAGUUGUUUACAUUUUUUAUGUUACCCUGUGCUUACUGUCAGGGGACUCUGACCACCAGCCUCAGCCGUUCGACUUUCUUGUUGAUGGUGAGCUUGUCCGAAUGCCUUUGGAACAAUUUUUGCUAGCCAAGGGUAUCUCUGCGGUAAACUUCUUACUUUUUUCGUUCUUAUUUUGCCAUCUGUAGUGUUCUUUUUUAAGCAUAAAUCGGUUUUUUGUACAUGUUGCUGCCUUUUUAUCCAUGUAAGUGGUCGUGGAGGAAGGUCAUUCCUGGGACUGUUUCUUUCGUGCCUAACAAUCUGUCUCAGCUUCUUAGGCUUAUUGUUCCAUCAAACACCCGAACAGUGAAUAGCGAAUUUGCAUUCAGAACUUGCAAAUGUUUCCCUUUUCAAAAGGUUGAGGAGUCUCCAGUGACUGCUACUAUUAACUAGACUGAAAUGCCUUUCGAAGUUUUAACUUUUCCCAAAAAUUACAAAUCAAGAAAGAGGAAAAAUAAAAAAAAAUACUCAAUGACUAUUUCUUUCAUUUUUUCCGUCAUGAGAUAUAGAUUUUCCUAAAAAAUUUGUCUAUACUUCUGACAUUUUUUAAGGCAGAAUUUUUUUUCUCCUUUUUUUUAUCCUAGUCGAUAUUAUAUAAGUGGACUAACCUGUGAAUGCUUACAUUUGUGAUAUUUUUACCUUCUAACUGUUUUUCUCGUCUUUGAUUGUGCCUUAGAUGUUAUUUUCGUUUUGAUAAAAUUUCUUUCAAAUUCGUAAUUGAUAUAUUGUUAAUGUAUUGCAGGAGAAAGUACUUGAAAUCGAAUACAUAAAAGCUGUCAUACCUCGCAAACAAGAUGACCCAUGUCCCCAUGAUGAUUGGGUCAGUGCGGUCGAUGGCUCAAAUAAACGGUAUUGCAAUGCUAUUUUAAUUGUUAGUUGACAUGAAUGCCCUAUAUUAUUUCCUUUUCAUUCUUUUUUUUCUCCACUCCGUUCCAAUUUACUACUUUAUGGACGCUCUAUUUCACUUAUUUUUUUGGGGUUGCUAUUUGUAUAUAGCAUGGAUCAUGUAGAGUAAAGAGAACAGAUAGCUGUAAAGUACAACAAAUAAGAAAAAUACAGACGUUUUUUUAUCAUCUGAAAAACCAGGUUAAGUAAUUUGUAAUUGUAGUGAUGGCUUCUCCCCACAUGUUCCCCGAAGUGACAGGUUGUCAAUAAUGACGCAAUGCUUAAGAUAGAUGGGUAGAUCCCAUCAACAUGAUCACCACAGUUUCCUAGUCUUUAUUAUUUUUUUUAUAACAAGAUAUCAUUUCAUUACUGAUAGAGGGGGGAUUCACUUAUCCCGUGACAGGCCGCAUUAUCUCUCACAAAGAGGGUCGGACCUGUAUGAAUUUCAGUUCUUUAUGAUGCCACGAGUAUGUUUUUAUCAAUGAAAUAAUAUCUUUCAAAGGGUGGUAGAUCUGUGUGGUUCUUCACUGUCCAUUGUGCGACCCCAUGUCGGUUUGUGCCCCAGCACUUUAGCCACAAUGGGGUUGGACAUCGUCUAAAUGGACAUUAUAUCUUUCUGUCACAAAUUCUGAUUCAAAAAUAAAUGCUUCCUAUCCAUCAUGCAAGCAGUAAUAAAAAGACGUAUGUAUUAAUGCUUGAUCAGCUAAAGGAUGUGUCAAUGUUUUUUUAUGUUCAAGUAACUGAUGCAAUAAAAAGAAUAACUUUGGUGGCCAAAUGUCCCAGUACUAUUGUCCUAUUAAAAUCAAAGAAAUAAUGCUAAUAGAAACAGUCUGGGUCUUUGUAUGGAACUUGGUAAAUACCAUGCAGUUCUUGUUACAGAGCCUCUUUCUUACGUCAUUUAGCUUUUCAAGUUAUCUUGCAUUCAAGACUCCUAUCAAUUAUAUUCUUCGGGAACCUCUUUUAGUUGAAGCCGUUAAAACCCAUGUUUAGAAAGUUUCGACAUCAGGCGUCUGCUUUUUCAAAUUUUUUGAGCAUAUGUAUCACAGAGUUCCGAUUUGAAUUAUUGACGAUAUCCUUCUGAUUUUUUUAUCAAGCAUAGUUGGAGGUACUGUAUUUUUCAUGUCAUCAUGGAAAGUAGUUCUAAUUUAUUUUUAGUCAACGUACUUUGUGUUGAGUUCCUUUUCGAAGUACAUGUGGAACCCAUUUUAUAGCGGGACCUGAAGUGGGCAUACUUUGUGUUGGCGAACUUUAGUAUUUAUCUCAAUUCCAUAUUCGAAUUUGUCUUAUAGUCUUAUAUUUGUCCAAUUUAUGGUUUUGUCUAAUUGGUAUAACCUUUUGAAUGCAUGCCGUGUUCGUGUUCUACUUUGGCUUGUCUGUGUCUCGGUAGUAUGUUGAUUUCUCCUUUCUUUUAUGCUUUCCAAACUCCUAAUCGCAAAACGAUGAUUAGUCUUUAGUUAACUUAUUUGUUCCCUUAUAAGCCCUUCCUUUUUUUUCUGAAAGUGAGCUCUUUCGGCUUUUUUUUGUCAGUGCACAAUCUGUAUGGAUUUUUUUCACAUUUAUGUUUCUUUUUUUGUGAAUUUUUUUUUCUGUACAACUAAGUUCUGCACAUGCCUCUGACAGGUUCAUAUUGACAGGAUGCUAUGAUGGUUGUGCAAGGUAUGCAUAGUGUGUAGAUUUUAUUACUUUGCAGUGUAUUGUGACCGGGCAAGGCACUUCAGAGUGCGUAAAUUUGAUUACUUUCCAACAUAUAAUGCUUCUCCUGAUGAUGAGUGACAUUCAGUGCAAGAAAUAUGGUGUUCAUAGUUACAUGUUAUUUAAUUAUUUGUUUCUUUUCAUAUUCUUGUAGGAUUUGGCAAGAUGGACUGUCUACUCAUGUUCUUGAAGGACAUAGUGAUGCAAUUACAUCAGUCAGCAUCAUCAAUAAGAAAGGUUGUUCCAAGUGUGACCCAGAUCCUUUUGCUGCUUUUGCUAUUUUGUGCAGACAGGUCUUUUGUGGGACUUGGUCUUGCCGGAGUCUGGCAGAUGUCAUCAAUAGGAAUCUUGUUAUCCAUCAAACCUUUUAUUUUCAAUAGCAAAAGAAUACAGAAUUGUUGCUGUGUAUUUUAUUAUGUUUGACGAUGGCACAGUGAAUUGUACCAAGUGUUGAUUUCCCCGUUAAACUUGCCCAUGUGAGAACUUUUGGGUAGACCUAUAUGAACAAGUUGUUUUUCCCCUUUUUAUUUAUAAAAGGUGGUUGUUACAAUAUCCUGUAAAUAUUGAUGUAUUCUUUAAUUCUGAAGAAGACUUAAUGUGCAUUAAUUUUUCCAUACUCGUUACUGGCAGAAUCGUGGAUGAAACGGCUUUAAUGAAUCCAAGAUGUAAUCCAUUGUCGGAAAGAUGUGUAUCCAAUUCCUCACCAACUCUUAACAUUGGUUUUGUUUUUGUGUUAUGUUACAGAUAUGGAAUCCAGUAGCAUCAUAUAUGUUGGUACUGCUUCAAAAGACAGGACAUUGAGGUUUUGGAAGGUUCGGGUUCUUUGCUCACUAUAUACUGACCUUCUUUAAUAUUUUGCAUCAGAUUUUUAUCCUUUAUGCUGUUUAAAGGUUGAUGCAGAUGAGCCUUCGAAGAACCUGAAGAAGGUCGAGCCAUUUACUGUUCUAAAUGGUCAUACGUCGGCAGUACAAAGUAUAUCGUCUGAGCCAUCUGGUGACAUGGUAUGUUCGGGAUCCUGGGACUGCUCCAUCAAGUUGUGGGCAGCGAAGGAAGCUGACGUAGAAGAUGAAUCAGUGUCAUUGAAGAAGAGGAAGUCAGAUUCUGAUGCGUUACAUGAGAAGUCUCAGCUGGAGGUAUCCAUGGCUUUACCUUGGUGCAUAUUUGAUGACGUUAUUUUUUCAGUGUGAUGCAAUAAUGUUCAUACCUUCAUCCUUUCUAUUAUGCAUCUUCUUUUGGUCUCUGAGAUUAUGAUGAUCAAACGAAGAUCGUAUUUAGAGUUUUCUGCUGCAAUAUUGUUUGAUUUCUUCACUCUUACCAGUCUUCUUCCCUUCUUGCCCACUCUUGUACGAGGAGGGCUCGUACAGUCCUUUUUCUUCCUUGCUUCACUGCCCUGAAGAUUCUAGUCUCCGUUCUUCCAUAGUUGUCUUCCUUCACUUCCCGACAUUGCCUUCUCUUGAUCAACCUGGGGCCACUUUCAUAACUCCUUCCCUUCACUCCAACCAUGAUGGAUAUUUUACAAAUGCACUGGAUUUUUUCAUAAUAUUUCACUAGAAAAUGUAUUGGAUGUUUCCAAUUUGUUGCCUUGUACAUUGCAGUUGCUUGUCUAUUCUUUCCAUUUAUACCCCCCCUUCUAUCCUCUCCGAUAUGCUUUCUAAUUAUGAACAAUCUUUGUGUUAACUUUAUGAUUAGGGCAGCGCCAUAUCCACCUUGAAUGGACACACACAGUGUGUAGCAUCAGUUGUUUGGACAGAACGUCAGACGCUCUAUUCUGCUUCAUGGGAUCACUCAAUUAGGAGAUGGGAUGUCUCAACUGGCGAGAAUACCUGGAACAUGGUACGGAAAAUUUUCUAUCUUUUUUCGUACUUGUCGUGUAUUUUUAUAGACCAGCCUUUCAAAAUGUGGUUUAUAAGAUUGAUAAAAACUAAUUAGUCUGCAGAUUACAUUUUCAUUGCUUGAUCUAUGCAAGUAAAUUUUAUGGUUUACCUAGGAAUUAAAAACCAAUAUUUGCAUUUCUAAAACAUGUCAUUUCCCAUGAAAAACCAGUUGUAUUUAAUCAAUAUGAGUGAGCAUUACCCCCCAAAAGUUUUUUGAAAAUGUGCCGAAACUCGCAAAUAUUUUAUUUCUUAAUUCGACCCUAAAUUGGUCAAGUUACCAUAACUGGCACCAUUGUUGUCAAAGUGUUUAUGAACUGAUAAAAUCAAAAAUUGAAGUAUAAAUCUCUAGUAAAAUAGCAGUACUGUGGCGUUUUGUGAAGGUUUAAGUUAUUUCUGUCUCAGCAAAAAGAUCUCUUUCGAUAUAAUCUAAACCUAAAUUCCAAUGAUUUGUCGAAAAUAGUGAUGAGAACUCCAUCUAUUUCAAUUUAUCUAUGAUGAGUUGUUCUCCAACGUCACAGCAAGGCCUCAUCUUCAAGAUUGUAAUUAUUUUAGAUCAUAGUUCCCAUCAUAAUCUGCAGUCAAGCAUGUUCUGUCACCCAGGCUGUGAGGCAACACGGCGGUGCGUUGCUCACUCAGGUUGCCCACAGGACUUGUGUUCAUGCUAUUUUUGAAGAAUCUGGAGCAAUCUACAUAGGGUUGACCUUUCUUGGAUUUUUACUAUUCUAGAAACCACCGCAGCAUUUGUAAUCAAAAUCCAAUAAUCUCCUCGUACCUGCGAAUCUUUGCUGUUAUCAUCCGCGUCUAUCAUCAUGUGCAGGUGUGCGGAAAAGCCCUGAAUUGCCUGGAUAUUGGAGGUGAGGGUUCUGCCCUGGUUGCUGCGGGAGGGUCUGAUCCUGUCUUGAGAAUUUGGGAUCCACGAAGACCAGGUCAGUUGACCAGAUGAUCCAUCACCCUCUCCCUCCCGGCGAAUGAAUCUUCACGAAUGUCAUUUCCACAGGAAACAUCGCACCUGUGUAUCAGUUCUCAUCACACACAUCGUGGAUUACUUCCUGCAAAUGGCAUCCAAAAUCAUGGCUUCAUCUAGUUUCCACCUCCUAUGACGGGAAGGUGAUGCUGUGGGAUCUAAGAACAGCGGUAUUAUAUAGUCUUCCUUCCCUCUUGGAACCGAUCCCAGGCGUCCUUGGGUUGAUCUGAUCUCUUUUUUGGCUUCUUCUCAUUGCAGUGGCCGCUGGCAGUCAUAAACUCGCACUCAGACAAGGUAAAAGAAACACAGCUAGGGUUUCGCGUUUAGUCUGCAGCUUCCUCUCCUGAGCUGUGCGUUGACCCAUCUUCUUCCCUGGCCCAGGUGCUGUGCGCGGACUGGUGGAGAGACGACAGCGUGGUCACUGGCGGCGCGGAUUCGAAGCUCUUCAUUUCUUCAGGAAUCAGUGUUUCCUAG